AAUCAAACCAUCCAUUCUAUCCCCGCCCGCCUGGCAGACUGCAAAACCGCCUCGACUGCGCUGCUAACCAAGCCCUGUAAUCUCAACUUCACUGGCCCAGCCCAGCCCAGCGCUCCGCCACCUCAGCCGCACUAGCACAAACAACCCCUCAAAUCGACGACAUCACUGAUUCACUCUGUGCAGCGCAGCGUCGACUAUAUCAACGACGUGCUGUCCGUCAUUUUUCACUUUCAUUCUUCAUCAUCUACAUCUCCAUCACACUCUGAAUCGAUACCCCGGAUUUGUUAUCCAUCACGUCGCUUGACUCAACGACACAGCUACCUCCCUGCCGCUGAGAUCCAUCUACACCAACUCAUCAGCCCACACGAACCCUUCAGUCUUUCUUUCUAAUAAACGCCCCCAAAAACCGCCAUCAUGUUUGGCAGACCAUACGUCGCACCCCUUCCCUUCUGCGGAUGCUUCAUCUGGGUGGAGAGCGUCCAAAAGUUUCUCCCCCAAGUCAAAGUCAACGUCCACACAACCAUCCUCGACACCACAUCCCGUACAACCCUCACCCAGACAUUUGCCAACCCCAACAAGGACAAAGCCCUGGACGAGAUUAAAUACGUCUUCCCCCUCUACGAUGGAGUUUCCGUGGUCGCCUUCACCUGCACGGUGGGUGACCGUGUGAUCAAGGGCGUCGUCAAGGAGCGCCAAAAGGCCAAGCAGGUCUACGAGGAAGCUACAGCUCGUGGCGAGACGGCCGGUUUGUUCGAGCAGUCGCUUGAGUCGGCCGACGUCUUCACCACCACAAUCGGCAACGUUCCCGCUGGCGAGAAGAUCACCGUCGACAUCACCUACCUCGGCGAGCUGAAGCACGAUGCCGAAGUUGACGGCGUCCGCUUCACCAUCCCUACUCAGAUAGCGCCUCGCUACGGAGCCACCUCAAGCCUGUCCUCAAGCCAUCCCUGGUUCAAGGAAGAGGGAAUCUCCAUCACCGUCGACGCUGAGAUGCCUGACGGUUCUGCUAUCAAGUCCAUCCAGUCGCCCUCCCACCCCAUCUCCGUGAGCAUCGGCACCACUUCCGCAGCAGCAUCUGCCGAGCCUUCACUGCGCAAGGCAUCCGCAACGCUGUCGCAGGGAGCGGCCAACCUAGACAAGGAAUUUGUGAUUCAGGUUGUGGCCACCAAGAUGGGCGAGCCGUCGGCCUUUGUCGAGACUCACCCGACCAUCCCCAACCAGCGCGCCCUCAUGGCCACGCUCGUGCCCAAGUUCAAGCUGCCCGCCGAGAAGCCUGAAAUCGUCUUCCUGUGUGACCGCAGCGGUAGCAUGUCCGGCACCAUCCCCGACCUCGUCGCCGCCCUCAACAUCUUCCUCAAGUCCCUGCCGGUCGGAGUCAAGUUUAACAUCUGCAGUUUCGGCUCCUCCUUCACCUUCCUCUGGCCCAAGUCCAAGACCUAUAGCCAAGAGUCUCUCGAUGAAGCUGUCCGUCACAUCGCGACUUUCGGUGCCGAUUAUGGUGGCACUGAGAUGGUGGAACCCUUCAAGGCCACCGUUGAACGGCGCUACAAGGAUAUGAACCUCGAGGUCUUCCUCCUCACCGACGGCGCCAUCUGGGACCAGGCCCGGCUCUUUGAACUUGUCAAUGAAAAGGUUACCGAGAGCAAGGGUGCUGUCCGCGUCUUUUCUCUUGGCGUGGGAUCCGGUGCCAGCACUGCUCUGAUUGAGGGAGUUGCCCGCGCCGGCAACGGAUUCUCGCAGACGGUUGCUGACAACGAAAAGAUGGACAAGAAGGUUGUUCGCAUGCUCAAGGGUUCCCUGUUCCCCCACAUCACUGAUUACACACUGGAUAUCAAGUACGAAAAGUCCGAGACCAAGGCUGUGGAAACUGAGGAUGACGAUGAUUUCGAGGUGGUCGAGAAAGUCAUGGACGCCCUCAGUAUCCGCACCCUCGUUGAGAAAGAGGAGGAGAAGAAGCCCAAGGAGAAGAUUUCCCUCUUUGACAGCAGUGUCGACGCGGACGACGAUACCGAGAUGGCCGAUGCUCCCAAUGCCCUUGACACCAAAUUCGACCAUCUCCCGACCGCCACCGUCCCCCGCUAUCUACAGACGCCCGCGACGAUCCCACCCCUAUUCCCCUUCAAUCGAACCACCGUCUAUGUCCUGCUCUCGGAUUCCACUCCGGCCCAGAAGCCCAAGUCGGUGAUCCUCAGGGGCACCUCCACCCGCGGGCCCCUGGAGCUAGAGAUCCCCAUCGUCAACCUGGCUGACAAGGCCACCACGAUCCACCAGCUCGCCGCCCGCAAGGAGGUCAAGGAGCUCGAGGAGGGCCGUGGCUGGCUCACCUUGGCCAAGGACGAGGCCGGGAAGCUCCUGAAGGAGAAGCACGAGGGCUACUUCUCGGACAUGGUCGAGCGAGAGGCUGUCCGGCUUGGCGUUGAGUACCAAGUUGGCGGUAAGUGGUGUUCCUUUGUUGCUGUCGAGGAGUCCGACGACUCAACCGGCGACGGACCCAAGAAGGAGAAAGCGGCUCAGAGCAUGAACGAGUUGAUCACUCGUGUAACGGAACGGGGAGAGAGGCUGGACAGCCUUGUCAACUCAGCUACCGCCUUGAACGCACAGGCUGUUGGUUUUGCCCGAACGGCUAGAAAGUCCUCGGGCAGCAUGUUUGGCUCGUCGAUGUUUUCAAGCAAGAAGAAGUCGUCGGCAGCGCCCAUGGCCAGCUUCGGUGCUCCCCCUCCGGCCCCCUUGGCUCGCCGCCUUGCCAGCCCGAUCGUGAACCUCUUCGGCGGCGGUGGCAGCUCUGCUCAGCCCCAACAGAUGAUACAGCCCCAGCAGAUGAUGCAGUCCCAGGGGUUGUUUGGCGGUCCGCCCUCCGGAGGCCGAGGCGGCGGUGCCUUUGGCGGUGCUCCGCAAGCACCUGGUGGUGGACUGUUUGGAAAUGCUCCGCAAGCAGCCGGUGGUGGACUGUUUGGAAAUGCUACACAGGCAUCGGGAUUCGGAAGCUCAAAUUCAGCUUCCUGCUCGGCCGAUGGUGCAUCGCCUUUCAUGUCCAAGCCGUCUGCUACCGGCUCUCUAUUCGGGAGCGCGCCUCCACAUCCACCUGCCGCCCCGGGAAUGAUGAUGCUCUCUGCCCAACCAACUGGAUUCUCUGCAGCUGAUGAGUCCUAUGAAAAGGGGAUCGGAAAUGCAACUCCAGCUUUAGAGGCUACGAAGAGUAGCACUGCCUCGAGAAGACGAAGCCUCUUCUCCAUGGCCAGCUCACCUGCCCCAGCCUCUGCUCCAGCCUCCCUCCCGACGCCCGACACUUCCGACCCCCUGCAGACCCUCACCUCUCUCCAGACCUUUGUCGGAAGCUGGUCCUGGAGCGGGACGCUCGAGAAGGUCUUGGGCGUCACCUCCGCGGCCGCCUCCAAGCUGAACCUCCCUGAUACCGUAGCCAGCCGCGCGGACCGAGACGUCAUCCUGGCCACCAUGUGCGCCGUAGUGUUCUUCAAGAAGAACCUCAAGGCGGAGAAGGAUGCCUGGGAGAUGUUGGUUGAGAAGGCGGAGACCUGGCUGGAGGAGCAGCUGGGUGAGAGUGUGGAGGAGUUAGAGAAGUUGAUUGAGAGUCUAUUUUGAGGGAUGAAAUUGGGUUUGGUGCUUUCUUACGAUUAAUGGUUUAGGAUUGGGCUUGGGAUGGGACUUGGAAUAGUUAUGUACCCCAAAUCGCGGCUUAUUAGGCCACAUGGAAAUGAUAUACCAGAUGAAUGACAUUUGACUGCUUUUUUUCUUACCUUGGAUGGAUUGAGAUAAACAGAAUGAUAUCAAGUGUUUGUGAAACCCGUCUUCUUUAGAAUAGCAACUCUUGAUACUACACACAGAUUGUGAGUGAGACAGUAAUAAAUGAAUCCCUCAAUA